CGGCCAAUGCUUCGACUGUGGCGUUCGGUGUGGCGCAGGCCCCUUGUUGCCCGACCUCCUCUCCCUCGAGAAAAAUCGAGCCACAAGUGUCGCGCGAUCGCUGCAUACCAGCACUACUAAAGCGCCCAAAUCUGGAAGCCGGGCGCGAGGGCAUCAUGUCUUUGUGCGCCUGAAAGCCCCCUUUGAAAACACGCAUCGUACGCAAUGGCGGCGCAAACUGCGGCCAAGGGUCGCAAGGACUCCAACCCUCUGGCUCCACCAUUCAUCGUCUCUGCGCCGGGCAAAACCAUUGUCUACGGCGAGCAUGCGGUCGUGCACGGCAAAGCGGCCAUUGCGGCCGCCAUAUCUCUCCGCUCAUACCUCCUCUGCACCACCCUCACCAAGUCGCGAAGGACCGUGACCUUGAAAUUCCGCGAUCUCGACUUGGACCACACCUGGAACAUCCCCGACCUGCCAUGGAGCACCUUCGCGCAGCCCGGGAAGAAGAAAAAGUACUACGAUCGCGUCACGACUCUGGAUGAGGAGCUCCUGGCUGCCAUGGAGCCGCACAUCUCCAACAUCAGCCCGGACGUGGAGCCGCAUCUGCGCAAGCAACAUCACGCCGCCGCCGGAGCCUUCCUCUACCUCUUCCUCUCCUUGGGAUGGCAGGACAGUCCGCCCUGUGUCUACUCCCUGCGCUCCACCAUUCCCAUCGGCCAGGGACUGGGGAGCAGCGCAAGCAUCUGUGUGUGCAUAGCGACCGCCUUGCUCCUGCAAUGCCGAGCCCUCUCUGGCCCACAUCCCGAUCAACAGAGCUCCGAAGCAGAAGAACAGCUCCAGCGAAUCAAUCAAUGGGCUUUUGUUGGCGAGCUCGUGAUCCACGGCAACCCCAGCGGGAUCGACAACACCGUUGCGACGAAUGGUCAUGCGGCCCUCUUUCAGAGGAAAGACUACAACAAACCACCCUCGGUCUCCAUCAUCCGCAACUUCCCCGAACUUCCACUGCUGCUGAUCGACACGUGCCAGCCAAAGUCCACGGCAGCAGAGGUGGCCAAGGUCGGCGCGCUCAAGAAGAAGCAUCCGGCGGUGGUGGAGGCCAUCCUAGACUCCAUCGACGCCAUUACACGAUCCGUGUACGAAGUCAUCUCCAACACCGACUUCACAUCUCAUGAAGAUGCGGAGAAGAGCAUUGCGCACCUCGGCGAACUGAUGUCGGUGAAUCACAGCCUACUGACAAGUCUGGGCGUGUCACAUCCCCGGCUUGAGCGAUUGAGGUAUUUGGUGGAUCAGUCGGGUGUCGGCUGGACGAAAUUGACCGGGGGAGGCGGGGGCGGGUGCGCCAUCACUUUACUGAAGUCGGGCGCCAAAGCCACCACCAGCAGCGCGAAUGGCGAUUCGUCAAAGACGGCGCACGAUCUGUCGGCCGCUCUGGGCGACUUGGAGCGACAGCUCGGGGAAGAAGGCUUUGUGAAGUACGAGGCUACCCUGGGUGGUGAAGGGGCGGGCGUCUUGUAUCCCGCGGUGAUUGCGGGCAAGGAAAUCGACCAGGACACUUUCCUUACCGUUCCUGAUCGCGAGGCGGUGGAGGAUUUGGUUGGCGAGCAUAAUGACCGCAAUGCAUGGAAGUAUUGGCGGCCGUGAAGUGGCCACCCAAUUAGCAAGCCUAUUGUGUUGUCUAGUUACUCUCAAAAUUCUGCGCUCUCACCCUGACAGCACAUAACAUGCGCGGUUCACUAGAAGUCCAUUGACCAAUGAGCAAGACUUCAAUCAUACCAAAUAGCAUUCAUGCCAAACCCAGGCUCGCGGAUAUCCAGAUGCGCCACACGACCCAGGAAUUCGUCCUUCCAGCGGUACACCUCCACAAACCCCUUCUCAUCGUCACACAACGCCAACCACUCAUCGCUCCAUGGACAGGGACUAACGGCAUUAGAGUGUCCACCGCUCGUAGGCGUGGAAUUCAGACAGAUCUGCCGCUCGAUCUGCCCCUGCGCUCCCAA